AUGUAUGUAUAUAUAUAUAUAUAUAUAUAUGUAUGUAUGUAUGUAUACCCGUGAAUGGUGUAAUCACUUUUGUUUAAACAUUUUUCUAUUUGCUAUGUCUUUAGAAUAUUAAUGUUACAAUAUUGUGAUACUUUUUCUGGAUUAUUAUUAUUAAAACAAAGUUAUUGAAUAGGUUAAUUGAGAGAUUGGAAGAGGUUAUCUAUUUAUUUUAUAGGUCAUUUAAUAUUAUAAUAUGAAAGUUGAGGUUAUUUGGAGUUAGAGUAUAUUUGGAAUGAAAUUUGAGUAAAAUAAUCUGUCAACCAAUUAAUCAAUCAGCAAAUCGUUUUUCCAAUCAAUCCUUCAACUUUACAAUCAUUAAUAAUUAUUAUCACUCCCAAUUUUAUUCUAUGUUUUAUUUUCUUUGUUCUUUGACUGAACAUCAGGGUAUUUAUCGUUGGCCCCUCCUUGCGAUGAUUCCAACUCUUUCUUCCUCUGGGCUGCAUUGUCCAACAGAAAGUUCCUAAUCUCUGAGUAAAUUUAAGAAAGAAUUUUUGAGAAAAAACCUCUGGAGAUAUCGUCACUACUGCUUCCAAGAGAGUUAACGUCAUCACCAGUUUCCUCUUCGUCGUCAUCGUCGCCAUCUUCACUACCUCUGUUAUAUGGGGGCAGUUUGUUGUUGUGAGCAGAGAAAUUCUCCAAUUAUCAGCAAAGAUGCCAAAACAGAUCCAAGAAAUCAAAGAUUUCUUAUUGACAGCCAGAAGAGCUGAUGCUAAAUCUGUCAAGAUCAAGAAGAACAAGGACAACGUGAAGUUCAAGGUCAGGUGCAGCCGUUAUCUAUACACCCUGGUCAUCAAUGAUAACGAGAAGGCCGAUAAGUUGAGACAGUCUUUGCCGCCUGGUUUACAAGUUAAAGACUUGAAGAAAAGCGAUUGAUUAACAGUUGAUUAGAAUGUUGCUUGAUCGAUUGAUAUGUGGAAUGAAUGAACCGUCGAAAUAUUUCUAUAUUUAUUGUCAAA